CAUUAUGCAGAUUGGACUGGUGUCUUCCUGUGACCAUAGAAACGGAACCCGUUCUCUUUCAGCUGUGCUCUGAGGAAGGGUUAUUUAACUCUGGCACCUGAGGGUCAGCCACACAGAGCCUCCUCACCUCGGGACAUCCCAGGGCACUCACCCUCUGCGUCCAGCUGAGAUGGGAUGCCACUCCAGCAAGAGCACCAAGGUGGCCGGGGAGUCCCAGAAACCCGCAGAACAGCCCGAGGGAGAGGAGCCAAAUCUGGGGGCUGGCACAGAGGCAGCAGAUGGCAAAGACGCCUCCUUGAAGGAUGGUGCCCCUGAGCAGAAGAAAUGAGAUGCUUCUCUCUGGAUUCGGACCCUCACCUCAUCCGUGGAACUGCCUUUGGCCAGUGAGGCUCGGGACAAACCCCAUCCUGAGAAGCUCCAAAGAGAGGGAGGAGAGAGAAAUCCCCGCCUUUGGGAUUCAGGCUUCAGAAAUUACCUUCAUCGGGCUUUGCUCUGGAGCUGAGAGGGACAUGCGGCCACGGGGAGUCCUAUUUCCCCAGCUCUCCGACAGAGAGGACGAAAGAAGUCUUCACACAUCCUGGGACUUUCCCUGAGCUUCUGGAAACGGGGGAGCCCCAUAGCAGACUGCUCUGGCUCUGGUGAAUCUCUGCUGCUAAGCUGUGACUGUCUAGUGACCCUACCCCCUUCCAUGUGCCUCCCUUUUCUGAACUCUGAAAGCUCUGUGGUCAUAGCAUCGAUGGGGACGUGUGGCACUCAGUUUCUUUAUUUCCUUCUUUCUUUCUUUCUUUUUUUUUUUUUUUUUUGGUUUGUUUUUUUCUCUCUCCUUUUUUCUAAUUAGCUGGCUGAAUAGCCAGUGCCCAUCACAGGAAGGUUUGGGGUUUGGCUCACUCCACACUGUUUGUAUGAAUACUUUAAUAUUUAACUUGGAGAAUUGUUAAUGAAUUAUGGGAACAAUCGGGAUCAGACUGUGAUCAUGGCAGUGGGAGACAACAAGGCCUUGAUCAUCCAGUAAGUGGAACACUGAGUGCUGGUGGGAAGGAAGGAGGAGGGAUUCGUGUUCUUGGUUUUUUAAUCCCCAGAAAAAUGUCCCUCUGCUGAUGUUCCUGUGUCUCCUCACAUCAAGAGUCUGUCAAUCUGAACCCUCUAGCAUCUGAGCUAUCUGUAUCCAGCCUUUGGAAAUACUUCGCUGUUUACUGACAUGUCUGUCAGCUUCUCUUUUUUCCCCCCUUGCAUGUGUUUUGUUUUUAAUUUGACACCAAAGCAUUGUAAUUUGAAAUCAAAUGGAUAUGUUUGCAAAUAAAUGAUGACGUAACACGUUUGAAAGACCGGACUGGGGAGCCGGGAUUAGAGUAUCAGCAGGGAAGUGUGGGUGUGAUUCUGUAGAACGCAAGUGAGCGAAGGGGCUAUGGAGACAGCACGUUACAGGAAAUGACCCUUCUUUUUGGCCAUCGAAACCUCAGAAACUGAAGAGGAUUCUUUUGAGAAUCUGGCAACUGGGGUAAAGAGCAGGGAAGAAGGAAGGACAAGAAGUAGAGCAAUUCGGCCUGCAAAUUGACUGCAGAGCGUUCCUUUUGCUUCAGCGGAGCCUGAUGUCUUUUAGGGAGGGAGCAGGAGAGAUGGGGCCUCCUCAGCUGGCCCGAAGCCCUGCUUUUUCCCCGGGGGUAGGAAGCUUGCAGUGGGCCAGGAAACAGGCCUGGGCUUGCAGCUGGGGAUCAGGAAGUUUGGGGCCUCUUUCUGCAGCUUUCUGGGCAUAGGCCAAGCUCUGGUAACUGCUUUCAAUUUUUUUUUUUUUAAUACAAUUCUGUUUUUCUCCCUCCUCCCACCUAAUGGAAAUUCACCCUGCAAAAUAGGACAGUGUCUGGUAAGAAGCUGCUCACAGUAUACACCCUCAGGACUCCUGGAAAAAGUUCUCAGCUGGUGGUGAGGUUUUGAGGCAGAGUGGUGCUUAUUUCACCAGCUCCUGAGGGGCGAAACUCACUCAGCUUCUUACCAAAUCAAGUGAAGGAGACUCCAGGUCCUUAGAAGUUCAGAAAACAGGGUGGUUUGUUUUGCUUCCUUCUGGGAUGGUGUAAAAUGCUUGUUUAAUUAAAUUCAAGAUCCCUGAGGGUUUUCAAAACUGGAUUCUUCAUCCACCUCCAGCUGUGGCAGGCACGCUGCAAUUUGCCAGGAAGUUAAUCUGUAACAGGAAAUAGGACCCAGUUUCUUUGUAAGGACAUUCCAAUUGUGCCAUUGGGGCCCAGUAUCACUCAUCUGUCUCCCUCUGAGGCUCAAGUGCCUGGUGAAAGUGGCCAGAAUUAUGUUUACUCAAAUGAGCUUUAAACUCUUUAAAGACAGUGUCUGCGUAGACUUGGCCCAUAAAUUGAAAGCCAUUGCUCUGGCCCACUUCCAAAACUACUGGAAGAGGAGGAGUUUGUUUACUAGUCACCUUUCUAUCCACCUAUCCCUCCAUCUAUUCGUCCAUCCAUCCAUCCAUUCAAUCCAUCUAUCUGUCAUCUGUCUGUCUAUCUAUUUACCUACAUACUUACCUUCCUACCUACCUAUGCAUUCAGCUCUUCCCUUGGAUUUUUCA